UCCAAAGAAUUGAAGGACAAGUUAUCUAAGAAGAGGGAUAUCGAACACGAGCCCAAAAUCGAAGGAAUUGGUCUACGUCCGCUUUCUCAUACCGAAGCGAUCGGUUUACUGAAAGGUUUUGGCCUUGAUUCGUAAGGUCUAUUGUAAUAUGAUUAAUAAAUCGAUUGUUUCUGCAAUUACUUUGAUUGGUAGUGCAGUUGGCGUGGUAUGCUACUUUUACAGAAGAUCACGUAAGAUUUGUUGGAAACCGAUUGGAACUGUAGGUGAUCUGUUAAUCUACCCGUUGAAAAGUGGACGGCGGGUUUCAAUUAAAAGUGCAGUUUGUACACAGUUCGGAUUGGAAGCCGGGAUGCUGAAGGACAGGUGUCUUGUAGUGUACAAUGAAGAGACGAAAGCGUUUCAGACAGCGAGAAACUUCCCCAGGUUGCUGCUGAUCGAAACAAAGACCAAUAAGGGUGGUUUUACUUUAAUCAGCCCCGGUACUGUUCCGCUUGGAAUUACAAUUCCGAAAUUAGGGAAUAGUCGCGAAGAUUACGUUGUGAUGUGGAAUGGUGAAAAAGUGUUCACCAUAGACUGUGGGGAUGAAGCGGCAGAAUGGAUUUCGAAAACUCUCUUAGGGUAUUGUUACGGUUUACGGUUGGGUUACCACGAUGGAUCCCGUAAGAGAGAUAUACGCAAAUUCCACAGUAGAUACAUAGAAAUGUAUCCCAAAUUAAAACGUGCUACUUCUGGCAAGUAUAGCGAUUUGUCUACGAUUUUAUUAUUGACCGACUCAUCCGUGAAUGACGUGAUUAGUAGAGUUACUAACGUAUCAAAGCAUAAUUUUCGGCCAAAUAUCGUGAUCGGAGGUGCAAAUAUAGAACCAUACUCGGAGGAUAACUGGGAUCGAAUUAAAGUUGGAGAUGUCGUUCUUAAAAGUGUCAUGCCAUGCCCUCGAUGCUCGAUAACUACAAUCGACCCUGAAAGCGGAUUGCACAAUGAGGGCUUCGAACCUAUUACCACAAUGAAAAAGUAUAGAAAAUUGACCAAGUACAAUUCGGGGUUGAGCUAUCCAAAUUUAGGGGUUUAUAUGAGCGUGGAGCAUCCGGGAAGAAUUUGCGUGGGUGACGUGGUGUACAUACCAGAUAACUGAAAAUAUUUUUGUUUGCCCUUCAUUGUCAUGCACUUAUAAUGUCUAAGCUUAUGAUUUGUUCCUUGUUCUGAAUAGUGAAUAUACCUAUCAAGUUAGUGGUAGAACAGAUGGCGCUGUUUUAAUCUGAACUUUCCCUUGCACUUUUUGUAAACUUUCUGGACUUUUAUGUUUAAAUAAAGGCAAUAUUAUUAUUAACGUA